AUGUUCCGUUUCCGGUAUCUAAUUCGUUCGUUUGCCAUAACGCGUGCACCUCGGACUUUUUUAAAGAAACCGCAUAUCGAUAUCAAGUACGUCCUUGCACAUAUUAACGAAUAUAACGAAUCAAUAAAGAAGCGGGGGCUCGUAGCAGAAAAUGAGCUAUUGGCAAACUUAGAGAAAUUGCCAGAAAAAUACGACAAAAUCAAGUCACUCAACGAUCAAAUAAAUCAUGUACAAAAGGCUAGGAAUCAACUGGAAAAAACUGUGCAAGCUAACAAAACCAGUCUGAACGAAUUAAUUCCCCAAAUAAGGGAUCUCAAGUCUCAGUUCAAAGUGCUAAUGGAGACCAAAAAUGACCUCUCGAAAGAAAUUGAGGAUACUUACGUAUCGUUACCAAAUCUGUUGCACCCAUCCGUACCGGCAACGGAACCAGAGGUGGUAGCGUGGAUAAAUGAGAAGGUUACACCAAACCAUAACUUAGAUCAUGUAGAUAUUAUGACAAAAAAGGGUCUUUUGGAUCUUAAACAGGCGGCAAAGACAUCAGGUUCCUCAUCCUACUACUUGAUAAAUGGGGGUGCGAGAUUGGAAAGAGCGUUGAUUAAUUACAGUAUUGAUUUGGCCUGUCAACAACCACACGGUUACACUUUUGUCAUACCACCUAGCUUAACACGGCUCGGAAUGAUUGAUUCUUGUGGGUUCACGCCGAGAGACAUGAACGGGGAGGAGCAGAUCUAUAAAACUAAUAACGAAAUGGGGCUUGUCGCCACGGCAGAGAUAUCUUUGGCAGCCCUAGGAUUCGACAAAGUUCUCACGUUUGAGAAGAAAGAAGAACCUGUCGAAAAGUUUGUGGGUGUUAGCAGGUGCUAUAGGGCAGAAGCUGGCGCCAGAGGCAAAGAAACCAAGGGUCUUUACAGAGUUCAUGAAUUCAGCAAGGUGGAAUUGUUUUGCUGGUGUAAACCACAGUUUGCGGAAGCGACUUUGGAGCAGUUGAAGGCGUUCCAGAUACAAAUUAUCGAAUCGUUGGGACUUCACGCAAAAGUAUUGAAUAUGCCAGCAAAUGAUUUAGGAAACCCAGCAUACAAGAAAUACGACAUCGAAGUAUGGAUGCCAGGGAAGGGAACUUUUGGGGAGGUCAGCAGUGCUUCAAAUUGCAGGGAUUUCCAAGCGUUUCGGUUGAACACAAAAUUCAAAGAUGAAAACGGCGCAUCACAAUAUGCUUACACAUUAAACGGCACGGCAAUGGCUGUACCACGGAUAAUAUUAGCACUCGUAGAAAACUUUUACGACUCCUCGACGGACAAGAUUAAAAUCCCUGAUGUCUUAGUUCCGUACAUGAAUGGCGACAAAUAUAUAUAA